CUCUCUGCUCUUCUCUGCCUCGGUCAGUUGUGGACACAUGGAGAGGGGGAGUGGGAGGGGCAGCUGCGCCCUCUUGUUCAUGGGGAACCUUAGCCUCAGGCAGCUGGAGUGGACGGGACCUGAUGGGAACGGAAUCAACUCAGACAUCCGGGUGCCAAUCUCUCACAGGGACUCUCUUCCAGGGCUGAGUCUGGACCAGAUCAUCCACGUGAAGGCAGGGACCCUCUCCAAACCCACCCUCUGGGCUGAGCCAGGCCCUGUGAUCCCUUAUGGGAGCCCUGUGACCCUCUGGUGUCAGGGGACCCUGGAAGCCCAGGAGUUCUGUAUGUAUAAACAACAAAAGCGUGUGCUUUGGAAAACACAGACUAAGUGGAAUCCCCGAGACAAGGUCAAGUUCUCCAUCACACGCAUGACAGAGCAUGAUGCAGGGAGAUACUACUGUUACUAUAUCAGAUUCACAGGCUGGUCAGACCCCAGUGACUCUCUGCAUCUGGUGGUGACAGGAUCCUUCAACAAACCCAGCCUCUCAGCCCUGCCCAGCCCUGUUGUGCCCUCAGGAGGGCACGUGACUCUCCAGUGUGGCUCAGGGCAGGGGUUUGGCAGGUUCCUUCUGACUAAGGAAGGAGAUCACAGGUUCUACAAGCAUCUGGACUCACAAUCACAGCCCAGUGGGCGGUCCCAGGCCAUGUUCCCUGUUGGCCCCAUAACACCCAUUCAUAGGUGGACGUUCAGAUGCUAUGGCUAUUACAGGGACAGGCCCCAUAUGUGGUCACACCCCAGUGACCCUCUGGAGCUCUUGGUCUCAGGUGAGUCUGGGAAGCCCUCUCUCCUGACCAAGCAGGGCCCCAUCGUGGCCUCUGGACAGAACCUGACCCUCCAGUGUCGCUCUGAUGUCGGCUAUGACAGAUUCGCUCUGCACAAGGAGGGGGGACAGGACCUCCUGCAGAGCCUUGUCCUGCAGCCCCAGGCUGGGCUCUCUCAGGCCCACUUCCCCCUGGACACUGAGAGCAGCUCCCAUGGAGGCCGGUACAGAUGCUACGGUGGAUACAACCUCUCCUCUGAGUGGUCAGCCCCCAGCGACCCCCUGGACAUCCUGGUGGCAGGACACCUGCCUGACAGACCAUCUCUAUCAGUGGUGGUACACAUAGGCCCCAGGGUGGCAUCUAAAGGAACGGUGAUCCUACGGUGUCAGUCACAGAGCUCAAGGGACACUUUCCUUCUGUCCAAGGAGGGGACAGCUGAUCCCCCCCUGCAUCUGAGAUCAAAGCGCCAAGCUCGGCCGUUCCAGGCAGAGUUCUCCUUGAGUCCUGUGACCUUAGCCAAUGGGGGUACCUACAGGUGCUACAGCUCAAACAGCUCCUCCGCCUUCCUGUUGUCACACCCCAGUGAGCCCCUGGAGCUCCUGGUCUCAGGUGAGUCUGGGAAGCCCUCCCUUCUGAGCCAGCAGGGCCCCAUCGUGGCCUCUGGACAGAGCCUGACCAUCCAAUGUCGCUCUGAUGUCGGCUAUGACAGAUUCGCUCUGCACAAGGAGGGGGGAUGGGACCUCCCCCAGAGCCUUGUCCUGCAGCCCCGGGCUGGGCUCUCUAUGGCCCACUUUCCCCUGGGCACUGUGAGCAGUUCCCACGGGGGCCGGUACAGAUGCUACGGUGGAUACAAGCUCUCCUCUGAGUGGUCGGCCCCCAGCGACCCCCUGGACAUCCUGGUGGCAGGACACCUGCCUGACAGACCCUUCCUCUCGGUGCAGCCAGGCCACAAUUUGGCCUCAGGAGAGAACGUGACCAUGCUGUGUCAGUCACAGAGCCCGAGGGACACAUUUCUUCUGUCCAAGGAAGGAGUAGCCAAUCCUCCCCUAUGUCUGAUAUCAAAGCACCCAGCUGAGCAGAAUCAGGCAGAGUUCUCCAUGAGUCCUGUGACCUCAGCCCAUAAGGGGACCUACAGGUGUUACAGCUCACACAGCACCUCCCCUUUCCUGCUGUCACUCCCCAGUGACCCCGUGGAACUCCUGGUCUCAGGUGAGGGGGCCUUGACCUUAUCUUGCUGAUAUGUCACCUGAUGUCCCUAUCCCUGGAGAUUCUGAGACAGUGCUGGGGCCCAGAAGUUUGCCACUGACAGGAUAUUCUGAAGUUCCUACCACUAAUCCUUCCUCCAUGAAUCCUGGGUCCUUCGCUGUCAAUUUAGUGGGAUUUCUCAGCUGUAGAUGUUUAGCCUUAUGAGUUCUGUGUCUCUAGCAAGACACGAAACACACAGCACCAAAUUAUUUCUGCAUUGAGAUCAUUGUUCUCCAUCAUCCUCAACUUGAGAAGUACAGCUCUUACCAAAGUCACUCAGAACAGGUUCUGAACUCAGGGAUCAUAGGAGGCUGAGGUCAUCCAACGAAGAGCCCAUGGAACCUGGCCUAGUAGAGACAGGCUCAUGGAGGGACGGUGUAAAAGUCAUCAUCUGAGAAGUGGGGCAUCUGAGAGCACAGGGCCCAGGUGGAAGGCUUCUGUAUCCACAGGUCCUCACUCACACCU